AGUCACUUCCAUAGCCACAGGUGUAUAAAAUCAAGGCAUGGCGACGGUUUCUACAAACAUUUGUGGACAAAUAGGUCGCUCUUGAGAGCUCAUUGAACUCCAGCGUGGUGCAGUGAUAGGAUGCCUCCUGUGCAACAAGUCCAGUUGUGAAAUUUUCUAAAUAUUCCAAGUCAUCUGUCAGUGGUUUUAUAACAAAGUGGAAGUGACUGGUAAUGACAGCAGCUCAUGUGAAAUGACAGAGUGGGGUCAGUGGAUGUCAGCAACUUUCUACGGUGUCAAUCACUUCACGUGGCCUUCAGAUUAGCUCAAGAACGGUGCAUAGAGAGCUUCAUGAAAUGGGUUUCUGUGGUUGAGCAGCUGCAUCCAAGCCAAACAUCACCAAGUGCAAUGCAAAGUGUUCGAUGCAGUGAUGUAAAGCACGACGCCACUGGACUCCAGAAUCAAUCACGCUUCUCCAUCUAAAAAUCCAGUGGACAAAUCUGGGUUUGGCAGGAGAACUGUAGACUACUUGCCAAAUGUGGAGUUUGGUGGAGGGGGGAUUAUGGUGUGCGGUUGUUUUUCAGGAGCUGGGCUUGGCCCCUUAGUUCCAGUGAAAGUAAUUCCGAAUACUUCAGCAUACCAAGAGAUUUUGGAAAUUAUCAUGCUCCCAACCUUGUGGGAACAGUUUGGGGACGAUCGCACAUCAUCUGUAUUUACAGCAGUGUCUCUGCCACAACUAACUCCGUCUCAUGAUCAUCUUCAGAUGAUAAUACUGAAAGGUAUCACUGUUAAUCGUUCUAAAAUGAGGUGAAGGUGCCAUGUUUAUGUUUGAAUCUACUGAGACUCCAAACAACUCCAAACAUAAACAAACCAGGAUCCCAUGGCAACAACACGAUGUUGAGAAGCUUUAAACUAGAGCUUAGAUAAACACACACUCAUUCAUUUUGGAGACAGAUUCAUUGUGACACCAGAGAGUACGCUGAGACAUAAACGCUGCCAGUGUGUUCACAACAUCCGAGUUCAUCUGAACCCAAAGAGGUGAAACACUGUGAUGGACAAGCUCAAGGCCCAGCUGGAGAAGACCAGAGUGAAGCUGACGAAAGCUCAGAACAUCAUGCAGGUCCUCCAGGGAGAGAAGUCAGCCCUUCAAAGUGAAGUAAAGGCCCUGAAGAAACAGCUGGCGGCACGGCAGAACAAUGGUGAGACGAAAGAGAAGCAGCGCGUACGCUUUGCGCUGGAUAACUCUGAGGAGACAAAGGACUGCAGAGGCUCCUGUCUGCUGGAAUUAAACCUGCAGAAAGAAGAAAACCAGAAGCUCCUGGUGGCUCUGAAGGAGGCUGAGCAGCAGCUGAGGGUUCAGCAGCUCCAGUGGGAGGAGGACAACGCUUCCCUCACCAAAAAGAUGGAGACAUCAGAAGCCUCUCAUCUUGCCCAGCUGGGCAAGAAGGACAACAAGAUCAAGAAGUUCGAGGCCCAUCUGCUGAAGCUCAAAGAGCAGUGGAAGAGUGACCACGGCAAAUGGCAGCAGGAGAAAACCUCCCUGCAGGAAGAAAUGGACAAAUCCAGAGCUCUCCUCGUGGCUCAGCUUCAAGAGAAUGAACGUGCAAACGUGAACCUUGUCGCUUCUCUGAAGAUCACUGAGCAGCAAUCCUCCUUUAUCAAGGACUUUCAGCUCAGGAUGGAUGCCCUGCAGGGAGAGAGGGAGGCCCUUCAUGAUGAAGUGGAGGCCUUCAAGAUAGGGCUCAGUGCUCUAAAACAGCUGAGUGCAGAGGCUGAAGCUUCCUAUCUGCUGAAAAUAAAUCAGCAGAAAGACAAAAACCAGAAGCUCCUGGUGGCUCUGGAGGAGGCAGAGCAGCAGCUGAAGCAGCUCCAGUGGCAAGAAGAAAAAUCCUCCCUCAUCACUCAGAUGGAGACAUCGGGGGGCUCUUGUUUUGCCCAGCUGGAGAUCACGGAGAAUGAAAAGAAGAAGUUUGAGGCCGACCUCCAGGAGCUCCAGGAACAGCAAGAGAACAACGACCUCAUACGGCAGCAGGAGAAAACCUCCCUGCUGGAGGAAAUGGACAAAUCUAUCGAAGAGCAGCAGGAUAUCAACAAUGACCCCGUGACCCCUUUGAAGAGCCUUGAACAACAGAUGGAGAGGUGUUGUACGGAGAGGCAAGAGGACGUGUCGAGCCUCGUCCAGGCCAUAGAAGACCUCAGGAACACUUUUGAAUCUAAGAAGCAGGAGUGGGAUAAGACCUGGAGCUUCUUGACGUCCCUGGUGGACGAUCUGGAGCGUAAAAUGAGCCAAAUAAAGAAAAGGAAGAAGAAAUGGUACGGAAGACUAUUCUCUUAAUGCCCAGAUCCACACCUUCAUCUCUACAAACCUGCUUCUCAACUGGACAUUACCCAUUUCAACGUAAGAAAUAAAAAGCUAAAAUAA